CGGCGACCUCGCCCUUGCUCACCAUCGCUCACCUCCAUCGCACGUCGCCUCCUGAACUAUGUCUUCUCCUGCACCCCCUCAACUGUCUCCCCCGUCAAGCCCUGAACCGCCAGCAGCACACACCGUCAACUGUCAUGCCGUCAUGAUCAGUUAUGUCAAGCCUGACAAGGCUGGGAAGAAAGGGAAGUCUUCGACGGCGUCGAAGAAGCACGAGAAGACGAAGGAGUUUGCGUUUGCUCCGAGCAGCAUGACAUACCUUGUCUUCUUGCAGAAGGCUCUGGAUAGCCAUGGCUUGGCGAAGUAUCAGGUCUCUGCGAUGCGCAAUCGCUUUGCAUUCCGAUACAACCACAAGCCGAUGACGAAGACCAACUUCCUUGACGUUGACACGGAGAAGGAGUAUAAGGAGCUCUGCAAGAAGCUCAUGGCAGACAAGCCCAACAUCUCGUCGCUCAGGAUCACGUUUGAGCUCAGUGAGGUUGAGAAGAAGUGUGUCCGCAUGGGCAAUCGUGAUGAUGGAGGCGAGAGUGAUGGCAGGAGUGCCCAGUCGGAUGACGAUGAGGAUGGCACUACGGGAAAGCGGCUCCGUGAGGAGGACAUCAGUGACCAUGAGCGGCGCUUGGCUGAGAACCGCUUGAAGCUCAUGAAGCAAUGGGGUAACAAGAACACCGGCGAGGUGAACUUCAUCCGCCCGGACGGCAGCACUCUGCUGUUGACACCCACGCUGAUGCGCACAUGGUGCGAGGCUAUAGUUGAAGCAAAGGCGAGCAUCUACCAGCCUCCACCGGUGCAGCCGUUCAUGGCGGCUAUCAAUUCUGUGAGCCUCAGUUCAGUGUCCAUGCCUGUCCCAGCCCCUGUUUCAGCCCCUGUGGCUCCAGCACAGAGCGAUGUCAGCGCUAUGGCAGAGAUACUGCGGCUGGUGGUCGGUUCCAAGGCAUCAUCGGAGGUUCCGCAGACGCCUCAGAAACGUCACAAGCGCCCUCCGAGUGCCUCGGACAUUGACCAUUUCCUUGCGUACCUGGGGACUCAUCCUGAACAUGGGAUUGUAGACCCAUGGCAGCUCCGUGACCUGCUCAAUGAGACAGAGGCUGGGCCUGACGUGCUUGCCCAGCUUGAGCUUCGGGAUCUCACGCAUAGUCCAAUGAAGCUCAAGCUAGGCAGUGCCCAGCGUCUGAAGCUGGGUGCUCAGGCAUGGCUUGCUGAACCUGAUGGCUCCCGGAAGAUUCCUCGCCUUGACAUUCCCAGUGCCACUCACUCGGACUUCGAUCCUUCUGCUUCAUUGGCUUCUGGGUCACGUAUUGUGCCUGAGCCUGAGGAAACUGUCCGUCUUGUCAAGUACGAGCAUAAGUUUGCUGACGGUGGAGGCCGGCGCUGGAGUGGACCACCCCCUAGGCGCCUGGAGGAGCGUGAGGAUCCACCAGACAGGAAAGGUGAUACGGUGUGGUACUUCAGUGAUAUCCUACAAAUAUGGGUUGAGGUUCCAGUAGGAUUUGUUGAACAAGGGGAUGAGGGAGAUUGGUUGUAGAUUUUAUAGUAGUGACCAUGCCUGCAUUACAGUAUCCAUAUUGGUGUCUCUGUGAAGCUACAUGUAGCCAGAUGCCCUAUACCAUCCUGCAGCCAUUUGUGGAGUAAUCCCUAUGCAUGCCUGAGCAAUUGUCAAC